CUCAACCGUCCGCUCGCUCAGAAUUACACCUGUCCAAUAAUGGACUUCAUGGAGCAGAGUUUCCGGCUACCUGUGGACAUCACAGCGCCUCGCAGUCCUUAGAGUGGACCCGUCUAGGAUGUAAAUGGUGAGGGGUCCUGCACUGUCGACUACGUGCGAGGGCGUUGGCUGCAGGAGGUUGUGAUGGUGCUUCAGAGACGGCCGCGGCUGUUGGAUUUUGCAAAGACCCCCCAACACCUUCGGUUUAACAAAUACGUCCUGACGGGUUACAGGCCGGUCUCCACGGCUCCAGAAUGCCUCAGGAGCCUCUUCUACGUGCACAAUGAGCUGGGCAACAUCUACACUCAUGGAGUCCCUUUUUUCCUUUUCUUGGUGCUGCUGCCCUUCAGUAUCCCCUGGAUGGAGGUGGACAGCGUCUGGAUCUGUGUGGUCCACUACCUGGCCUGCCUCUGCCCCACCGUGGGCUCCGUCGUCUACCACGUGUUCAUGAACCACGUGGGAGGAGAACACGUGUACGACACCUUGCUCUCACUGGAUAUGUUCGGAGUCUGCCUGGUCAACACCCUGGGUGCACUCCCUAUCAUCCACAUCACCCUUUAUUGCUACCCGGCCGUACGACAGGCUGCCCUGCUGGCCUACAUCCUCCUGUCAGCCUACGGCAUCUACUGCGCCACCACGGCGCGCACCAACAUCCUGCGCCUGCAGGCCUUCGCCUGGCAGGCCGCGUUCCGCUUCAGCCUCUUCCUGUUCCGGGUGUUCGGCAGCGGCGCGGGAAGCCCCGACUCCCUGCGCCUCUUCGUCAUCAUGGACUCUCUGGCCGUGGUGGGCGGGCUGGUCAACAUCGUCCAGGUCCCUGAGCGCUUCAUCCCGGGCCUGUUCGACAACUGGGGCAACAGCCACCAGAUAAUGCACGUCAUGGUUAUCUGCUCAAUCACCUACCUGCACUGGGGCACACUGGAGGAUUUAGCCUGGAUUAAGACCUACCAGUGUCCUGCUGGGUGAGGUGCACAUGUAUGUGCACUGAUAUAAAUGAGAUUUAGGGUUUUGUGGAGGAGGAGUAGAGCACAAAGAGAGGCAAGUUGAUUUGCAAAAAAAAAAAGCACUUUAGUCUUAACUAGGGACAUUUUUUCCACAUGGGAAGUUUGCAAUUGGACAUUUUGUAUAGACAGAAUAAAAGGAACUUACAGUGUUGUAACUGUUGAACUCAAAGAACAAUACACCAAAUUUAAAAUCCUGAGCACACUUGAUACUUAAUUUUUGGAAAUGGGUAGUCACCCAUAACCAUGAUAGUUAUUCAAUUGAAAAUUGCAUUACUGUAUUAAAACAAUGUACAUAGUUGUAAUAAAUUAUAUAUUUCUA